AAUUUCUCGUAUUAGCCUGAAAAAUUACUCUUGAAAGUUACUUAUGUAAUUAUUUUGAUAAUAAAUUGUCUAAAUUUACUCAUUUCAAACAGAAUAAAUACAGGAUUUUAUAUAUAUAUAUAUAUAUACUUUUAAAUAGUUCGUAUCAAUAUUCUAAUUCUUUGUUACUGUUUUGUUUCAGACAAAAUGAAAUUGUGGUUAGCUGUAGUUCAUAUCAUCUUGGUUGCAACUAAUAUAUGGGUCACAGCACAUUUUCAUGAAGAGCUUCCCGAGGACAAUGAAUUUGCAGAAUUUGAAGAUUUUGAAGAAGAAAAGAACGAGCUAACACAAACGAUCAAUGAUCGUGGUACAGAAUAUCUUAAAGAAUUGAAUAAUAAUAAUGAAGAUUUCGAGGAGGAAGAUGUUCUAAUUAUGGAUGGUGACAGCGAAUUCGAUCAUUUUCAAGAUGAAGAAGAAUUUGAAGGUUUAGAUGCAGCUGGAGGAAAUGCUGGACCAAAAAGUGAUGAACCUUCUACUUUAACAAUCACAAAAAUACCGCUUCAUCUGCGUGCAAGAUGGGAUAGCUUUUACUUAGAGAUACUAAUGAUCAUUGGAUUAUUAGUAUAUUUCAUUAAUUAUGUAGCAGGACGCUCUAAAAAUGCCAAUAUAGCAGAAACGUGGCUUAUGGAGCAUAAGCAACUUUUAAUGGAUAAUUUUUCCCUUAUUGGCGAUACAGGAAAAUCAACUGAAGAUAUGUCUGAAAAUGGCUUGGUGAAAGAAAGUCAAUCUCAUUAUAGUUUAUAUUGUUCAGGAAGAGUUGGAUGUGAUUCUAUGCUGAUAGAAUUAAAAUUAAUUAAAAGGCAAGAUUUAGUUGCAGUAUUAGCGCAGCUAGUGAGGCCUCAGAAUGAUCAAGCCCAUAUACGUGUAGAAUUAGCAAAAGAUGAAACAGAUAAUUUCGUAUUAGCAGUUGCCACAAAAAGAACUGCAAUGCAUUUAAUACGUGAUAUGGCUGAUAUUAGUGUUUACUGUCCAGAAAAGAGACUAGGAGAGAAAUUUGGUCUUCCAUCAGGCUUUUAUGUAAUGUCUGAAAUUGCUGAAGCAGCGUCAGCUAUUUUAGAUACAAGAGUUUUACAAACAUUUUCAAAAUUUUCACCCUAUAUAGAUUAUAUAUAUAUUAGUGAUCAAUUUAGUGGUCCAAAACAACAAGAAGAUACAACUCAAUUAACAAUGCCUGAAGUUAAGAGAGUUUUACUUGUUGGACUAAAUAUAAGUAUCAAAGGACGUAUUACUAAUGCAGAAGGCCAAGAGAAAUUAAAACUCCUUUUACAAUUAACGUUCUAUUUAUUAGAUAAAUUGCGCCGUUUUAAAUUAUCUAAAGAGGGUAAAGGGAAAGCAGAUAAAAAUAGAUUAAGAGUAGAAGAAGCAUUCUUAAAAACAACUCAUGCAGCUAGAGCUGAAGCAGCUGCACAGCGAAGAGAAGAACGUCGUAGAGCUGAGAAAGAACGUAUGUUACAAGAAGAGGAUCCUGAUAAACAAAGAAAGUGGGAAGAAAAAGAACAACGAAGACUCGCCAAAAAGCGAGCACCUAGAAUGAAGCAGCUUAAGGUGAAAGCAUUAUGACCAAAUAAAGUUAAUCAUAAAAAAUUGUUGAAAUUUUUGAAGAGCUAUAAUUUGCUCAAUUGAACUGCCCAUUUAAUUUAGGGCGAUUAUAAGAUGAUUAUUAAAUGUAUAUCCAUGUUUGGGGUGAUAAAUCUACGUAAUAAAAUAAAUAAAAAUGUCAUAUGAAUUUAUAUUCUACGUAUUUAUAUCCUAGUGUUUGAGUUAUAAAUGAUUUAAGGAAAUAUUCAAUAUGUACAGCUUGUGUCUCAGUGCAUAACUCCAAAAUAAAAAUAUACAAAGUAGGACAUAGAUUCAUAUGACAUUUUUUUACGUAUUUUAAUGUAUAAAUUCACCACUUAAAAGAUGAAUGUACAUUUAAAAAUCAUCUUGUAUAGUGAAGCUGUUUCAUUUCAAUCAUAUUUACGCAUUUCUUAUAGCUACCAAAUUUUCAUUGAAUAGUUUUUAAUUAUCGCAGAAAAUUAUGGUAAAUACUUAAACUUGUUUGAAAUAAAAAUACUUUUAUAUUUUUUUAUUUUUAAUUUACGAUGUAUUCGUCGAUUUUGUUUUCCUGUUGAAAAUAUAUCUCAUUGCUGUUAUAUAUUUAUUUUACGUCAUAAUUUUACGUUUAUUUUACGUUUAUUUUACGUUAUAAUUUGUCAGAUAAGUCCUGAAGUCUGUAUAAAAUGUUAUAAAGAUUUUCUUAGUUUGACAGAAACAACAGCAUGUUAUGGAAACAAUAUA